GAGAUCAUUGAAGACAAUUACGAGGCUAUGAAGCGUUGGAUUGAUUACAUCGGCGCUCAGAACCCGUCCUAUAUUUGGACAAAACGAGUGAAUCGUAAUUAUGGGGAUUGGCUGCAAGUGGGGGCCAACACACCCAAGGAUGUCAUGAAUACCGGGUACUAUGGCUACGACGCUCUCCUUAUGUCCAAAAUAGCGAAAGCUUUUGUUAAUACAACUGAUGGUAAGAUCAAAGGCGACACUCAGACAGUGUAUGUCUUAGCCAUUGCCUUCGAGAUGUUGCCUCAAAACCUGAUCCCAUUGGCGGCCAACCAUUUGGUCGACAAUAUUAAGGCCCACGACUGGCACCUGACCACCGGAUUUGUCGGUGUGGGCCACUUGUGCCCAACACUGAGCCGUAUGGGUCACUCGGACGUGGCCUACCGUUUGGUACUGCAGGACACGUACCCCUCGUGGGGCUAUAGUAUCCGAUACAACGCCACCACAAUAUGGGAGCGUUGGGACGGCUGGACCAAAGACAAGGGCUUUCAGGACCCGAAUAUGAAUUCAUUCAAUCACUACUCCCUGGGAUCGGUGGGCCGUUGGCUCUACCAAUCGGUGGCCGGUAUUGACACCAAUGACGAUGAGGUGGGCUUCAAGAGUAUCGUAAUCGCACCCAAACCCGGCGGUAAUCUCUAUAAUAUGACGGCCCGGUAUGCGUCCAUUCGAGGGUUGAUUGGGACGAGUUGGCAGACUAACGGCGCUAACAUUACAUUAACAGUGGACAUUCCGGUCAAUACGAAAGCAUCGAUUGAUUUAUCAUUUUUGAAGGAACCGGUUCACGCAAAUGUGGGCUCCGGUAGGUAUGUCUAUCAAGGAGAGUUGGCUCAACCAUUCACUCAAUUAUUGGAUUAAUAAUGACAACGAAUUAACUUUUGUUGAAAUUGUAUUUUAUUAAUAAAUGCCUUCAAAUG